GUUUUCGAACGGUCAACAACGGAUGGGAUCGGAUCGCGCGAUCGCCACCGAGUGAGUGUUAGCUCUGAGCGAUUUAGAAAUCUAUGAAUUGAGCAAACCAGACAUCCAAUGGUCCAAUCACCACUACAAAUUUCCCCCCGCCUGUGAUAAGUGCCCGCCGUCUCUGUGAACUUGUAAACCUCUGCUCUGUGUGUGUCAGCAAAAAAAAGCAAACAAAAUGAAAGUCCCCACGCGCAACUCGAAAUAUUCAUUCAAUUUGAAAAUAUUCAAAUUGCAUAACGAUAAGAAACCGACCAGUCCCAGUCCGCCAACCUCACCUGUGAUCUCAGCGAAAAAAAACUCUUGGCGCGCUCCGUGGCGAACUGCACUGGGUUCCAAGAGCAAGUCCAUUACAACGCCUUCGGAUGCCCGAGAUCCCAUCGAUUUGGAGGCGGAACCAGCGUUUUUUGAGCGGCCAAGGUGCGAGAGCUCCAGCUCCUCCUCCUCCUGCGUCUGCCACGAUGAAGAGCUUCCCGCCAUUCAGAUUCCCCAAGGCGAUGAGCUCAUGUCAAUGCCAUGGUUCGGCAUGGAUAUUGGCGGAACCCUGACAAAGUUGGUCUAUUUCGAGCCGAAGGACAUAACGCCGGAUGAGCAGGAUCGCGAGGCUGGAAUUUUAAGGAAUAUCCGGCGCUACUUAACCAAAAACUCGGCGUACGGCAAAACCGGACAUCGAGAUACGCAUCUACAGAUGGACAAUGUCGAGAUACGGAAGAGACGAGGCUCGCUGCAUUUCAUCCGCUUCCAGACGACCGACAUGGGCAACUUCCUGUCGCUGGCCAAGCAAAAGGGCAUGGCGGAACUGGUGACCACGGUCUGCGCCACCGGCGGCGGAGCCUUCAAGUUCGAGCAGGACUUCCGCGACCAAGUCAACAUGAAGCUUGCCAAAUUCGACGAACUGGACACGCUCAUCAAGGGCAUCCUCUUCGCCGACCUGCACAAUCACACAGAGUGCUACUACUAUGAAAACGCACGAGACAUUCUAAAAAGCGAGAAGCGACAGUUCAACUUCUCGCAACCGUUUCCGUUCAUCCUGGUGAAUGUGGGCUCCGGAGUUUCCAUACUGGCUGUCUACGGUCCCGACAACUACAAGCGCAUUUCGGGCACAAGUUUGGGCGGCGGUACAUUCCUCGGACUGUGUUGCCUACUCACCGGCUGCACAUCCUUCGAAGAGGCUAUCCAACUGGCCACCAAGGGCGACAAUAGAAAGGUGGACAAGUUGGUUAAGGAUAUUUACGGCGGCGAUUAUAACCGCUUUGGUCUGCCCGGCGAUUUGGUGGCGUCAAGCUUUGGCCAGAUGCAUCUGAAUGACAAACGUGGCUCAGUGUCACGUGAAGAUUUGGCAAAUGCCACGCUGGUCACCAUAACAAACAAUAUUGGAUCCAUAGCAAGGAUGUGUGCGCUGAAUGAGAAGAUCGAUAGGGUCGUCUUUGUGGGCAACUUCCUGCGAGUGAAUCCCAUUUCCAUGAAGCUUCUGGCUUACGCAAUGGAGUUCUGGUCCAACGGCACAAUGAAGGGUCUCUUCCUGGAGCACGAGGGCUACUUUGGUGCGCUGGGCUGUCUGCUGCAAUUCAACGGUGAGCUGGCAGCUGCCCUCAACGACGGAGUGGAGCAUCCAGCCCACGCAGCGACGGACGCCAGCGAGUGCGUUGUCACUACGGAUGCCGCAACGCAUUCCCCCGACGAGCCACAAGGGAAGUCGCCAACGAGCACACACUCCACUAGAUAGUCGCUGUAACCUCAUGUUCCUCCCGAGGGUCAUCGACGUGGCCCUAUUCGAUCGUAGUGCAUGUACAGUAGACCUAAGAUCUAAAAGGCAAUGGCAAUGGCUUUGAUCCCUUCGCAGUUUAUCUCGGUAUUUAUCGUAAUCCUCUCUCGGCUUUAGUUUGUAACUUAAUGACGACGCACAAAUUGUAAAUGCAUGAAAAUACUUUAUGGAUAAAAGUGCCUGCUAGCAAGCAACGAAUUUUGGCCCAACAAAAAAUGCCAAACCACAAUUUAUAUCUUCAUUUUACGCCCGCAUAACGUAUGUUACAAUCAUGCAGUUUCGGUAGCUCUUAGUUUCUUUUCUACAGUGAUAAAUGUUAGCUCUCGGAAAAAGUAUUAAAAAUACUUGAAAAUGGAACCCCAAUUGAAAGUCUCGCGCGCAACAAAACUUUUGAAGAGCAUGUAUUGCAUACACCUAAUGAUAUGCACGUGUCCUUUGACCAUAUUCAUGCAUACCUAUAAGUUUUUACCUUAACGUUUGUGUACAUGAUUUAAGUGGAUGUUUUAAAGUUUCUUUUUUAGAGAAUAAGUUUGUGGUCAUGUUAUGAUAGGCUCCAAUUUGUCGGCAGGUCAAUAAACUUGUUUAAAUCAAA